CCAUGGAAACAAAGAAGUCUUCUCCUGCCUGGGCAUCCAGCUGGCUGUCAGCUGCUUCCUGCAGCGAGGUCACCCAGAGGUCACCGUCUUUGUCCCGUCAUGGAGGAAGGAGCAGCCACGGCCCGACGUCCCCAUCACAGAUCAACACAUCCUGCAGGAGCUGGAGAAGAAGAAGAUCCUGGUCUUCACUCCGUCCCGUCGAGUUGCAGGAAAACGAGUCGUUUGUAACGACGACUCGUUCAUCGUGAAGCACGCCUUCGAGUCGGACGGAGUGAUCGUGUCCAACGACAUGUUCCGGGACCUGCAGGACCUGAACCCAGACUGGAAGCGCUUCAUCGAGGAGCGGCUCCUCAUGUUCUCCUUCGUCAACAACAAGUUUAUGCUUCCUGAUGACCCCCUGGGCCGACACGGGCCCACCCUGGACAACUUCCUGAGGAAGUUCCCCAAGACCCAGAAGAAGCAGGCGUGUCCUUACGGGAGGAAGUGUACCUACGGGACAAAGUGCAGGUUCCUCCACCCAGAGAGGACCAGGCAGAGACCGCCUGCCGUCCCAGAACCCAGUCUGGUGGACGACAUACCCAGGAAGCUGUCCCUGGGACCCACGUCCUCAGAGAGACAUGGACACGUGGGUCAGAGCCGGCAGAACCAACGUCCCGGCAGGAAGUCUCAGACCAGGAAGGACAGGACUAGCCAGCAGUCGGACCACGUCUCGCUGAAGGACCACGUCUCCAUGGGGGUCCAAGGCUCAGAAAAGGACAGGAUGUCUCAGGAUCAGCUGGACUCUGGUUUGGGAUCCAUGGACAGUCAGCUGGAGUCCACGUGGAGCCAUCAUCAGUCUUACAGUAGAGUCCAGAAGGACUUCUGUCCUCCCAGCAGUCCACCCUGCAGCUGCUGCUGUCCCAGUCCCUUCCAGCCCCCCGGCCUCGUCCCCAGGACUGAUCUGUCCCCCCACAGUCCCCGUCCUUACCCGAGCUGCUGCAUGGUCCCGCUCAGUCAGCACGGCAGACUGCACCCCCAGCGCCUGUUCUGGUCCGACCCGGUCCGUCCCUCGGAGACACACGUCCAGCCGGGGCGGCUCUCGCUGUGGGACCGUCCCCCGAGUCCCGGCGGGACGGAGAGGGCUGUCGUCAGGAAGAACCUCCUCGCCAUCUUCAGCGCCCAGCAGGUGGACGCAGUCAUGAGCAGGUCCCCGGACCAGCUGGACCCCCAGAGACUGGUGGCAGACAUCCUGAUGCUGCAGAACCAGAACRGGUCUCUGAGAUGAGUCCGGUCCAGGGACAACAUGAGUCAUUGGUCCUGUGGUGUCCUCGCUGUCCCCACACUGACCAGGACCUGAGUCCUGGUUCUCCAGUUUUAUUUGGUUUCUGUCGUGGAUCUGGGUCCAUCAGAACUGAAUCCUGGUUCUUAUUGUCCUCCUGGACUCAUGUCUCCCUCGCUGAGCGUCGAGUUCACCUGGAGCUGAACCUGACGUGACGCAUUAUGACUUCAAUUCUUUUAACAGUGGGUAAACUAGCUUCACUAACGCUAAUCUGCUAAUCUGAUAAACAAUAAUCUGCUAAUCUGAUAAACAAUAAUCUGACCUGCUAAUCAGUUAAAAAAAUUGUGGAAGUUAACGCUAACCUCUAAGAUGACUGGUCAGUUUUUAGCUUUCUGUUGGUUAUAAUCUGUCUAACUUCUACAUCCAGUUUAACCCUUUCAGAAUAAAAGCAUUUCUUUGAUCAAGUUUGAAGUUAAUCAAACAGUACAUAUUAUACAUAUUUUAUUUGUAGUUUGAAUUUUUAUAUUCAUUAUUUAAAUGUUGUUAAAUGUUUUUUUGUUUUU